UGUCAUGAAUGUCAAUGUCUAGCAAGACAUCAAGACUAUUCAAGACAAGAGCAGCCGGGUGCCUGAACCAUACUUACUAUUUGUAAAUUUUAAUGUUAACUUGUUACAAGUUACAACAAGUCAAGCUGAUAAGAAUUCUCAAUUCAGUAACUUUUUUCUACUUCUUCGAAUAAAAAUAGACUUGGAAAUCGAGUUUUGAGAGACUUAUUAUACCUAUUUUAUAUGUACCUAUACAUAAAAUGCCUAGAGUAAAAAUUGAUUAUAUCGUCAGUUUUAGUAGUGAAGAUCCAGAGCACCCUGCUAGCAACCUGCUGAACUUGGAAGUUAGCAAGAAGAAGUGGUUGUGUGCAAAAGGCCAGACUUCCUGUUCUGUAGUUCUGCAGCUACCAAGGGCUGUCAAGAUAUCCAGUAUCAACAUAGGAGCCUACCAUACAGCUUUGGUCGAAGUAUUAGUAGGAAGAUCAGAAUCAACAAAUGAGGAAUAUCAGGUAUUGGUGCCGAGCUGCGUGUUCCUGUCGCGCGAGGAGUCGCGGCGCGGCGCGGACCCGGCGCGCGUCCGCUCCUUCUGCGGCGCGCAGCUGGCGCAGGCCGCGCGGGACCUGCGCUGGGACCGCCUGCGGGUUGUUUGUUCCCAGCCACACAACAAACACUGCCAGUUUGGCCUGUCUUUCGUGCACAUAGACGAGGCUGAGAGCAGCGCACCUACCGGCCUGCCUCAACGGCUACUGGCACUUGACACGUUCUCUUCAGACGAAGAUGAUUUCAAGCCGGGUGAGCUGUUUGCUAAACACCUUCAGAAGACAAACACCGAGGACAUCCCGCCGCCCGCUAAUACUGGUGCUCAAAUAAGGCAAGCGACAUCACAAGCUCUCAAAAAUAUAGCUGACUCGUCAACGAAACUUAUGAAGAAUACAAUUAUCAAAUCACGCGAUAGUUGUAAUGACAGAAAACCGAUUAUAUCGCGGCGAUCAGACGCUCAGGUCCACCAGCCUGAGGCCCGACAGGACGAGGGGGCUUCACCCCGACACACCUCACAGCGCAACAUUGCUCGCCCAGAAACAAAUGGCUCAGCGAAAAAACCAAACAGUGACCGCGCGAAGCCGUCAGAAGCCCAAAACAUAAAUUUAGAAAAAAAGAAACGCGAGCGUCCCGAGACCAAGGAGAGGACAGCCGUGCCAAUAAACUCGUUGCUGAGCGGCGCCACAAUGGUGCUGAGCGGGUACGUGAACCCGCGCCGCGCCGCCGUACGCCGCGCCGCGCUGGCGCUGGGGGCCCGCGUGCUGCCUGACUGGGGGCCCGGCUGCACGCAUCUCAUCUGCGCCUUCACCAAGACGCCGAAGCUGCGCGCGGUCCGCGCGGCGCCGGGCGGCGCGGACGUCCCGGUGGCGCGCGCCGAGUGGCUGGACGAGUGCGUGGCGCGCGGCCGCGUGCUGCCGUGGCAGUGGUACGCCACGGAGCCCGAGCGCCUCCUGCCGUCCGCCCCGCUGUCCCCGCUGUCCCCGCUGCCCCCGCCGCGCCCCGACUCCGGUAACUCACUUCUACUUAUACAGAAAAGCUUCAAUAGCCUCCCAUUCCGACACGCGUACCUCUAAAGCUUUGUAAUAUUUUCCCAUAAUAUAGCAUUUCCCAUGCGGAGUGAACAACUCUAGCGGCAAACUAGAACCCAUCACUUUCAUUGCUUGUUAUGCGGUAUUUAAAAUCCUUUAUUUCUAUUAGACCGCAACCGCGGAAAACAUAUCGGAUCGUUUACUACCGGGCCGUUUCAAACCGGCUCUAGACAAUUUGGCACUGCAUAGAUUCUGAUAUAGCCUCCUUGUCGAACGAAUAUCUAAAACUAACCCUUUAUUUAUUGCGUAUUAUUGAUAAGCAGAAAAGUUUUCGAAUGGAGGCCAUCUACCGGCAGAGGCCGCUUAGGACUUCCUGAUAAGGGGCGCGGGUAACAAGUUAUUUCCUACUAGCCGAUGUAGAAAUUUGGGCUUAUGUUCAGCAGUGGACGUUUUGUGGUUUAUACUCGGAUAAUGAUGACUACUUUCGAUUAUGGUUGGAUUAGCAGGGCGCGAUACAGACGAUGAAAUCGAAGAAGUACUACGAGAUCAAAAGAAGCGGCGGACGGAGCCGAGCGCGAGCAACAAGGUGGAGCUGCGUGACGACAGUGACAGCGACGGACAGGCCACCGAGGACGAGGCCGGCCCCGCGCCCCCGGCCCCGCCCCCGCUCACUGGCGCGCUGCCCGCCUUCCUGGACGGCUGCACGUUCUCGCUGCGCGCCGCCAGCGCCGCGGCCGCGCCCGCCCUGGCGCGGUACGUGCGCGCCUAUGGCGGCGAGCUCCUGGACCACACCGGGGGCGCUGCAGGGGGGGCGCACUACGAGCUGGGGGCGCGGGGCGCAGCCUGGCUGGCACGCUGUCACGCUGCGCAGGCGCUGCUGCCCUACCCAUGACUUCAUUAUUUAUUCUCUUAGUAUAAAUAAACACUUUUUAUAAUUCUGUUAGCCUAUUAUUGACGUUAAAGCUAAAGGUAGCAGAGGGAGGUAGGUACACACAAAAUUAAAUCUUGUGCGCCAUAACCGUAUUACCGCCGGUUGCGUACUUACUUCGGAUACCUACAGUAAUAUAUAUACUAAUACCUAGUAAGUAGUUAGGCUUCAGACGACUUUUAUGAGGACAGAACAGCAUUUAGUAAGGGUGGAUGGGGCUGACGCAGUCAAUUUUAAGACUUGCUUCCGUUGUUAUUUAAUAUAUACCCAGAGUACAUCAUGCUCAAGGUACUGGAUCGGGGUAAUGGGAGGAUAUCGGAGAGGCUCGCAUGAUAUCAAACCAAAGAUACGCCGGCGACACCACUCUUCUGUCUUCCUUACUGCCAGACACAGAACACCUUCUCCAACUUCUAGAAUGUACCAGUCCUGAAUUUGGCCUCGCUAUAAACCGCGAGAAAACCAAAAUGAUGAUUGUACAAAAACCGGUAACAGACCUGACAUCAACAGCAUAGUGUGAAGUUAUCCAGAUUUACAUAUAUUUGGGUUCUAGGACUAUUACCAAAACUGGGAGUUGUGAGGGAGGAGAUACGAAGGCGAUGUGUUGUAACACGUUCGGUUGUAGAAAAGCUCGAGAAGAUUUGGUUCUGGAAAGAUAGGUUUGUGCAGUAUGUUAAUUAAAUAACAUCGUAUAAUCGACCUUUCAUUAACCCGUUGAAUGUCGGUUUAUAAGACACAAUAGAAAAUAAGUACAUUGUCUAGCGUGGAUCCACGUUUAAAACAUACGAAUGGUUAAAGAGCACCCAAGUCUCCAGUGGUGACCGCGACGUGAUCCUGCAAUACAUGCCGAUAUCUAGGCCUCUGCGAACUUUUUAGUGAAGAUGUGUGUAACAACUACUUAUAAACUUUAUGCGGCUAAUGGCAGUCAAUCUGUAAUUGUUGUACGGGGAACAUGUGCACUAUGUUAAUUAAAUAACAUCGUAUAAUCGAUC